AAAACGGGAAGUGCAGCAGUUACUACAAACACAGUCAAACAACUCCAGAUACAGGAAGAGAAACUUACACAAUGGCCGCACACGCAAAGACAAAAAUCUUCUACAUUUCCAUUGGGUUUUGGCUCAUUUUAGGUGUUAAAAGCUACGACGGUUGGUCAAACUAUACAUUAACUGUUCAGACUGGAGGAUCUGUCACCAUCCCAUGUCAUUAUGACAAGAAAUACACACAGCAGAAGAAAUACUGGUUCUCAGAGAUUGAUCAAACUAAAACAUACACAAACACAACAGAUGAGAAUCUGUCAGUAAUUGAUCAUCCUGAUCAGAGUCUCUUUACUGUGACUAUGAGAAACCUGCAGGACAAACACAAUGGACGUUAUUAUUGUGUUGUGGAGAAUGGAGAACAACCACCGAAAAAUAUAAUAUAUGAGAUACAGCUCAAGAUUCAAUCUGCUGUUCAGUUUAAUACAUAA